AUGGCCGGCCGGUCCUACCGCAUCAGCUCCGGCUGCGGGACCAGGAGCUUCAGCUCCUGCUCUGCGGUUGGGCCCAAGCCUGGCGCUCGCCGCUGCUCCAGCGCCAUGGUCUACUGUGGGGCCGCCCUGGGGGGGCCGGGCUCCAGGUGGCUCGGGGGCUUUGGCAGCAGGAGCCUGUGUGCAGUGGGGUCCCCGAGGGUGGCGGUGAGUUGCCGGCGGCCCCUUGGCAGUGGGGGCAGCUUCGGUUACCGGGCGGGGGGCCUUUGCGGCCCCAGCCCGCCCUGCAUCACCACCGUGACAGUGAACGAGAGCCUCCUUGCACCUCUGCACCUGGAGAUCGACCCCAAUGCUCCGUGCGUGAAGCAUGAGGAGAAGGAGCAGAUCAAGCGUCUCAACAACAAGUUUGCUGCCUUCAUCGACAAGGUGCGCUUCCUGGAGCAGCAGAACAAGCUGCUGGAGACCAAGUGGCAGUUCUACCAGAACCGCCAGUGCUGCGAGAGCAACCUGGAGCCGCUGUUCAACGGCUACAUGGAGACGCUGAGGCGGGAGGCCGAGAGCGUGGAGGCCGACAGCGGGCGGCUGGCCGCCGAGCUCAACCACGUGCAGGAGGUGCUGGAGGGCUACAAGAAGAAGUAUGAAGAAGAGGUGGCGCUCAGAGCCACAGCUGAGAAUGAGUUCGUGGUGUUGAAGAAGGACAUCGACGGCGCCUAUCUGCGCAAGGCUGACCUGGAGGCCAACGUGGAGGCCUUGAAAGAGGAGAUGGGCUUCCUGCAGUCCCUCUACGAGGAGGAAAUUCAGCUCCUCCACUCGCAAAUCUCUGACACGUCGGUGGUGGUCAAGAUGGACAACAGCCGGGAGCUCAACAUGGACUCAAUUGUGGCCGAGAUCAAGGCCCAGUACGACGAUGUCGCCAGCCGCAGCCGGGCCGAGGCCGAGACCUGGUACCAGAGCAAGUGCGAGGAGAUGAAGACCACAGUGACCCAGCAGGGUGAGAACCUGCGCAGGACCAAGGACGAGCUCAGCGAGCUGAACCGCAUGACCCAGAGGCUGACGGCAGAGGUGGAGAACGCCAAGCAGCAGCGCUGCAAAUUGGAGGAAGCAGUGGCUGCUUCAGAACUGCAGGGCGAGGCGGCCCUCAGCGACGCCCGCUGCAAGCUGGCCGGGCUGGAGGAGGCCCUGCAGAAGGCCAAGCAGGACAUGGCCUGCCUGCUCAAGGAGUACCAGGAGGUGAUGAACUCCAAGCUGGGCCUGGACGUGGAGAUCGCCACCUACAGGAAGCUGCUGGAGGGCGAGGAGAGCCGGCUGUGCGAAGGUGUGAGCUCAGUCAACAUCUGUGUCAGCCGUUCCCAGGGUGGCGUGGUCUGCGGGGACCUCGGCUCCAGCGGCCCGCGCGCCCCGGCCCUGAGUGGUGGCGGCUGCCCCCCGUCUGUCCUGGGGGUCUGCUCUGGUGCCAGAGCUGUGCGGUUUGCAUAG